AUGUGCGAAAUAACCACUUCACCACAAAUAUCUUUGAAAUGCCAUAACUCGUGGUGCAAGUACAAAUCGAAACUCCAUUUAGAUGUACAAUUUUCCAAACGAACAAUAAAUAUUCUGACAAAAUUUCACCUUCUGUUUUCCGAUGAUACGGACGAAAGUCGAGGCGGGUUUGUGUUGAAAGCUCGUAGUGAAGCGCCUACAAGGCGACGGUCUCUCUCUGAGCGCUCAUUAGCCGUAAAACGAACGAUCCUCAGUGGUUUGCGUAUUAAGAAGCAACAUUCAACCGGUGAUAUUCAUCAACGUGUCACUUCCGGAAGUCUGAGGUCAAGCGGUAGCACGAUAAGCUGCACAUCGGAUGAAUCGGAACACCGACAAGGACGCGAGCAUUUGAUUGUACCACAGGUUCGCCUGCUUCUUCUGUUGAAUAACUUUGCAAAUACUGCGUCCAUUUGUAAAAUUACUUCUUUGAAAAGAAAAAGAUGCAUACCACCAAUGAGAGGCAACAAACCCAGGCCGCAACGCACCAGGUUUGCCUGUGCGAUCAUGUUUUUUUGCGCUAAACGUGCUGACUGCUAA